GGUCUGCUGCAGAGAAUCAAAGCUGAGCCCCAGAGUCGAAAAAAGCAAAUAGGCUCGUCGACGGGAAAGCAAAAGAAGAAAGAGGAAGAACAAACUCCGACGACGAAGAUGAGAACCGGAAAAGCAAAUCAAGAGGAGGACGAUUACGGAGAAGAAGACUUCGGCUCCAAACGCGAAGGCCCUUCUUCCAACCACAGUAACUCCGCCGCAGCGAGCAGAGAUGUAAAGGAGAAUGAUAAGGCUAGUGCGAUACGCUCUAAGCACUCGGUGACGGAGCAGCGGAGGAGAAGCAAAAUCAAUGAAAGGUUUCAGAUUUUGAGAGAAAUCAUUCCCAACAGUGAACAGAAAAGAGAUACUGCUUCCUUCCUUUUAGAGGUGAUAGAUUACGUCCAGUAUCUACAAGAGAAAGUGCAAAAGUAUGAAGGAUCAUAUCCUGGAUGGAGUCAGGAACCAACUAAGUUGACUCCUUGGAGGAAUAAUCACUGGCGUGUUCAGAGUUUAGCUAAUGGAUCUGUUCCAGUGAUACCAUUUCCUGGAAAGUUUGAAGAAAACUCUGUAGCCUUUUCCGGACCUGCAGUUGCGGAAAUGCAAAACCCUGUUGAAUCUGACCAAGGAAGAACUGCUGUCUACAAACCAAUAGACAGUCAACCCGAGUUUGACGACAACAAGGAGUUACCGCCUGUACAACCAAUCCACCAUCCAUUGGUACACGGUGAACAAGCUAACAAUGAAUGCCCUGCAACAAGUGAUGGGGCAGGCCAAAGUAAUAAUGAUCUGGUUGUUGAAGGUGGAACCAUUAGCAUCUCUACUGCCUACUCGCAUGAGUUAUUGAGCUCAUUAACACAAGCACUUCAGAACGCAGGCGUUGAUCUCUCGCAUGCUAAACUUUCUGUGCAGAUCGAUCUUGGGAAGCGAGCUAAUCAAGGACUAACGCAUAACGAUCCAUCCAAUAAGAAUCCAUUUUCCUCUCAUACCGAAGGCGCUACACGAUCAAGGAAUCCAAGCGUUGAGGGAGAAUCUGAACAUGCUCAUAAGCGGAUGAAAACACUGUAACAUCUCUCUUAGGCUCCAGUGCUCUGGAAUAUAUAAAUGUAUUGGCAAAUAUCUUCUUUUGUGUACGUUUGUUCGGCUUCUAGGGGCAUUCUAUAAUCGUUAAGAUAUAAAUUAUGGUUAGUAGAGUCUACGUCUUCAUGGUUUUUGAGUUUGUAUUAUCUUCUGCAUAUCAUUCAUCAUUGUAACCUAUCAAAUACAAUCUCUUGUGGAAUAUUAGAUUCUGUUUCAAGUU